UGUUUUAUUUUUGUUAUGGUUCUCGUGCCCCAAUCAAUAACACGUGUUUACAACAACACAACGCAAAAUUUUCAGAACAUUUCUUUCACGGCGGAAAUUAUUCCUAUUAACUCCUUCACUCAGGCAGUCGAAGAAUGGCAAAAUCUAAAAGAGGAGUUUCCCUGAAAGACGAUAAAAAGCUUUCUGAAGUUCAAAAGACGCAGCUGAAGGCAAAAGAAAGGGUCAAUAAAAUGAAAUCUCACCAGCGAAUCCCUCCAAAACUUGUGACACCAGAUGAGCAGAAGCAUGAAAACCCCAAAGAACAGUCCAUGAACUUCGCCUCCAGCGAGAAAUCAAAGCCGUCACAAAACUGGCUUCUUUUUAAAACAAUCUUAGCCAAGGAUCCUGUCAAACCACAUUUUAAGAAGCUGAAUAAAAGUGGGAAAGCCGGCUUGGAAAAGAUGAAACCAAAUAAAUUUUCCAACAAUAUAACAGAUGUGGUUGCCCUUGACUGCGAGAUGGUCGGAGGUGGAGACAACGGAAGAGAAAACCUUCUAGCCAGAGUGUCUGUGGUCAACAAGUUCAAUGAGGUUUUGUACGACUCAUUUGUGAAGCCCUUGGAGCCAAUCACUGAUUACAGAACUCAGUACUCCGGAGUUCGACCAUCUGAUUUGGAAACAGGAGCCGACUUCAAGGAGGCACAGGAGAAAGUGGCUGGUUUGAUUGACAAGAGGAUUUUGGUUGGGCACGACAUCAAAAACGACAUGAAAGUCCUGUUACUCAGUCACCCUCAUAGCAGAAUCAGAGACACUUCCAAGUACAAGCCAUUCAAACAAUUAAAAUCAGGAAAACCCAGUCUCAAGUUUUUAGCCGAAAAACUUCUUGAAAUCAAAAUUCAAACUGGCGAGCAUGACUCUAUUGAGGAUGCCAAAGCUGCCAUGAGCUUGUACAUGAUGCAUCAAAAGGAGUGGGAAAGACUGAGGAAGGAGAAAAAAGCACCACGUGAUAAGCCCAUCGAGAAAGCAAAAAUGAGGCGCAACUGGGAGCGCACAAAUAAUUCCGACAAGUGGUUCAAUAAGAGGAAAUAAAUAAAUAAAUUUGAUAAAAA